CUCUUUUUUCUUUCUUUCUUAAAAUUUGGACUCGUUUCCUUACCGACAGAAGCCAUCCUUUUUAUAUUUUUGGCAGGUUGUCAAAACCAAAGAAGGAACGAACUCAAGUUUUCUAUUUUUUUAACUGGUUUUUUGAACUAUUCUUUUUGUUCGCCUUCUCUCGAAAGCGUCCUCCGACUCGUUGCGUCGCGCCUCUCGCUUGAUACAAGUUGGAGAAACUGUGGUGAAUGGUUCGCAUUCUGCAAGCGAUACAGCAGGGCGCACACUUGAUCCGCACAAUGUCUCGAAAGCGCUUGAUAGUGGGCUGCUGCGUGGUUGCCAUGCUGCUUCUCCAGCUGACGCUGUGGCAGCGCGCGACCAAAGAUGAUUCCCGCGCUGAAUACGACGGAUCGCUGCUGCACGGUUCCACGGGAAAGCAGCAGCAAAACGAGGACACCGCGUUGGCGGGGUUGGAUGCUGCCGAACUGCUCGCGGCUGCCACCUCCACGCGCGACUUUGGCGCUCUGCCCGCUUGGGCCCUGGCUGAUCCCGCUGUUGUUGCGACGUUCGACACACCUGCACUGGCUGACUUGUUCCUGCCUCCGCCGGCGCCUGCGGUUGCGCCACCGAUUCUCUGGCACGGCGACGGCUUUGCGCUGAUGAAUGUGACAGGUAAUCCGCUCGACCAGCUCCGCGUCGUCAGCGGCGUCUCCUGGCUGCCUCCCGUGCUGGACGUCCCGCCAGUCCCUCGUCCUGCAAGCCAAGAGGCCCUGGCACACAGCGCCAAGAUUGAGCGCGAGGUCGCGGCGGCGUCCCGUUCGAUGCCUGACACUGGUUCCGUGGCUGCUCAGCUCGGCUUCACCGUGUCGCACCCGCUCGACCGCAACAUGACCUUCUCGCCUCGCUUGCCCAUCAAGGUAGCUGCCUGGAUGGACCCGUUCACACACGCAUGCUUUGAUCCGGAAGCCCACCUGUACUUGAUCAACGUGACCACAUGGAAGGAGGAGAUGGAAGCCAUCCAGCCCGACGUGCUCAUCAUCGAGUCGGUGUGGAAUGCCGCUUGGAAUGGAUUUCUACGCUCCAAGACGCCCGACAAUAACGUCCUGGUCGACGUGCUCAACUAUGCCAACGAACUCCAAAUCCCGUCCGUGUUCUGGAACAAGGAAGACCCUCCGAACUUUAACAAGUUUAUCAACUCGACCUUCAUUCGGCACGUGUCGGCCCUGUUUACGACCGAGGCGCGCGCCGUUCCGAUGUACAUGCAAGUCUUGGGUCACGACCAUGUCUUUGUCUCGUCGUUUGCUGCCCAGCCCGUCAUCCACUCGCCUGUGCGCUCGCACCGCCCGCGAACUCCCGGCUAUGCCUUUGCUGGGACGUAUGCGUACACUACGCGCUAUCUCCACCGUGGCCCCGAUCUUGACAUGAUGCUCGCACCCGCCUUCAAGCGCGGCCUGGCCAUCUUUGAUCGCAACCUGGCCAUCAACCCGUACCCCGUCUUUCUGCACCCCUUCCCUCCGCAGUACAACUCGAGCUUGCGCGGCGCUCUCGACUACUCGUCGGUCGUGAACGCGUACAAGAUGUUUGACUCGUACCUGAAUGUCAACUCGGUCAACGACUCGAGCACCAUGUUCUCCCGGCGCGCCCUCGAGAUUUCGAUGAGCGGCACGCCCGUCAUUACGAACGUGUCGCCCGCUAUUCGCCGAAUGCUGAGCUCCGAGGGCGUCCGGGUUGUGCGUUCCACCGAAGAUGCCGAGCGGUACAUGACCGAGUUUGAGAAUCCGCUCGUGCGCGAGAGGGUGGCUCUCACUGCCCAACGUCGCAUUCUUGCCGCGGAAACCUACGAGCUUCGUCUCCGCGCAAUCAUCAUGGCCGUAGGGCUGAAUGACAAGUUUCCACCACAGCCACAUGGCGUGACGGUCGUUGCUACCCUGCAGUACGCACAACCGGCUCCAGGAACUCGUGCCGCAGUGCUGGUUGCCGAGCAACUCGCUGCCGCAGCUGGCGGUGACAGUGAACUCGUACCGCUCGUGGAAGACGAUCCGGUGACGGACAUUGACGACUGCAUCUUCCCGGAGCUGGUCGAGUAUGUUCAGACGUUCAAGCGGCUGCAGUACGCUGACAAAGAGUUGGUGAUUUGUGUGGCGGGCCAUCCGUCGCUUCCAACCAAGAAGUCGCAUGCGCGUCGCGUUCCCCGCUGCUCGCCCGAGCGGCUGUAUCGCAAGUCCGCCAUUCAGGCCUUCCUCGCCGUGGCGUUCCCGGACGUUCAAGCCGUCAUUGCCGAAUCGCUCGACUGGUCCAAAGCUGCUUGCAUGAAUUAUGCCAUCAAAGUGACCGGCAACGUCCCUUCUGCCAAGCCGUACCUGCUCUUCCUCGACCCAGUUCAGUUCUACGGCGCCAACUUUUUGAAGGACGCGAUUCCUGCGUUUAGCUACACGGACGCGGAAAUUGUCGGCAAGAGCGCAGUGCAGACUGUCUUGUCGCCCGACUUGCAGGAGGCGGCGCACCUCAUUACUCUGCCCAUUUCGCGCUACGAGCACGCCGUAUCGAUUCAAGACCCGCUGGCGGUUGGGUUGUUUACGUGGCAGCCAACCUGCGAACACGAGUAUGUCAACACGAUUGCGGCCGCUCCAUCCGCCGUGUUCAAGCGCUCCAUGUUCCAGCGGCUCUCGGUCAAGUUUGUCGCCUCGAGCGAUUCGCCGUUGGAGGAUUUGAUUGCCGAUUGCACCGAGCUUGGCGUGGUCAUGUAUUCGGCGAAUCGCCACAACUUUGUGUAUGUUCCCCCGCAAGUUGUUCAGCACCAUGCAGACCAUCCGUCAGAGGCUGGUCACGGUCCUGUGGUUGGCAGUCCCAUUACCGCGAACAUGGUCGAGUAUGUGAGCUGGUAGUGUGGCUUGUGCUGUUCCAGCGAUUUGAUGUGCCUCUUUUAUUUGUAUCUUUUGAUGUACUUUAUUGAUGUGAGUGAGUGCGUCCGUGUUUCGACUCCUCAAGUUGAGAUUAUCUUGCAGUAGUUUUUGUUCAGACCUUGCAAACAACGUUUCGCUUUGUGUGUUUAUGCAUUUUUCACUCGCAG